CCACAGACCUGGUUGCGCGGCGCAGAGGGCAGCUGGGACGCCAUUUCGUGAGGCGUUCGGAGCGCGAAUGAGGCGAGCGUAGCUGUGAACAGAGGGCGAAGCGGUGUACGGUUACAGAACUUAGACAUUUAGAUAAGCAAAGCGGCGGCGUGCUGGAUCUGGGGCCUCCCGCGAGAUUUUUUUGAUCUUCAGCUACACAGGUUAGCAUUUCUGCUGUGUGGGUGAGCUAUGGCCAGCAACGUCACCAACAAGACAGAUCCCCGUUCCCUCAAUUCCCGCGUCUUCAUCGGAAACCUCAAUACCCUCGUGGUCAAGAAAUCAGACGUGGAGGCCAUCUUCUCCAAGUACGGCAAGAUUGUGGGUUGCUCCGUGCACAAGGGCUUUGCGUUUGUGCAGUAUGUGAACGAGCGCAAUGCCCGCUCUGCAGUGGCGGGAGAGGAUGGCAGGAUGAUAGCAGGCCAGGUCCUUGAUAUUAAUCUGGCUGCGGAGCCAAAGUUGAACCGAGGUAAAGCUGGGGUGAAGAGAUCGGCCACAGAGAUGUACGGGUCAGUAGCCGCACCACCUUCUCCGUCCCCUCUAGUCAGGUCUUCAUUUGACCUUGAUUAUGACUUCCAGCGUGACUAUUACGACAGGAUGUACAGCUACCAAGCACGAGUGCCCCCUCCGCCCCCCAUUGCCAGGGCUGUGGUACCUUCCAAACGCCAGCGGGUUUCUGGCAAUACCUCUCGCAGAGGGAAAAGCGGAUUCAACUCAAAGAGCGGGCAGCGGGGAUCGUCUUCCAAAUCUGGGAAAUUGAAAGGAGAUGACUUGCAGGCCAUUAAGAAGGAACUGACCCAGAUUAAGCAGAAAGUGGAUUCUCUGCUGGAAAGCCUUGAGAAGAUAGAGAAGGAUCAAAAACUGAAGAACGACAAGUUGGAAGAAGAGCAAAGCAGCAGCUCGACCAAGAAAGAAGAGAGCAAUGUGAAGAUGGAGUCUGAGGCCGGGGCAGAUGACUCGGCCGAGGAAGGGGACCUGCUGGACGACGACGACAAUGAAGACCGGGGAGACGACCAGUUGGAGUCCAUCAAAGGCGACGAUAAGGAACCGGAAGAAGGGGAAGACGACAGAGACAGUGCCAAUGGCGAAGAUGACUCAUAAGAACCUAACAUACCUCUCUCCCUUCUCUGCUCCUUGGCCCACACAGCGUUCUUCUGAUUGAGCCUCUCGCACCCACCCAUCUCCUCUCCCCCCCCAUUUGCUGGCUGCUGCCUCACUGCCCUCCCCUUCUUGCAGCCCUGUGUGUUUUACAAUAUUCAUGUCUUCUGUUGGCACCCGCCCUUCGUCGUCUUUGUCUUCGUUCCAUCUCCUUCCCUUCAUCCACUCCUCUAGUUCAGUUCCAUCCCUUGUAAUUUUUUUCCUUUUAAUUUUGAUACCUCUUUAUUGACUUAACAAUAAAAAAGACGUA